GCUAAGGUGGGGCAGAAACAGUCUCCUGCUUAAGUUGUUAAAGUUGUGUUUGUGUUGCUUUAUGGCGGAUUCCUGACUGAACAGCACAUUAAGACGUUAGCAGAGUCAUGGCCUCCAGUAAGAACAAAGGCCAAACCUCUCUGGCUCUUCAUAAAGUCAUCAUGGUCGGCAGCGGAGGAGUCGGCAAGUCUGCUCUCACUCUGCAGUUCAUGUAUGAUGAGUUUGUGGAGGACUAUGAGCCCACCAAGGCGGACAGCUACAGGAAGAAGGUAGUCCUGGACGGCGAGGACGUUCAGAUUGACAUCCUGGACACGGCGGGACAGGAAGACUACGCCGCCAUCAGAGACAACUACUUCAGGAGCGGAGAAGGCUUCCUGCUCGUCUUCUCCAUCACAGAGCACGAGUCCUUCACCGCCACUGCAGAGCUCAGGGAGCAGAUCCUGCGGGUGAAGGAGGAGGAGGCCAUCCCUCUGCUGCUGGUGGGGAACAAGUCUGACCUGGAGGAGAGGAGGCAGGUCUCAGCUGAGGAAGCAUCAGCCAGAGUCAGUGAGUGGGGGUCUCAGUACGUCGAGACCUCCGCCAAGACCAGAGCCAACGUAGACAAGGUGUUCUUCGACCUCAUGCGUGAAGUCCGCAAGAAGAAAAUGUCGGAGAGCAAAGACAAAAACGGACCGAGUGGAAAGAAGAAGAAAAAACCCUGCUGCAUACUUUAACAACGAGAACAUCAAAAGAAAAAAGAACCAAAAAAGAACCAAAAAAGAACCAAAAAAAAAACUUAAAAAUGAACCAAAAACCUUAAAAAAAAACAUCCACCCAGCGUUCAUCAGCUGAGGCAUUAAUACUUUUUACACUCUGAAAUGUGUUUUUUAUGUUUCCUAAUGUAUAAAACUACACAUUAAUAAGUUGCCAUAUUCAACAGAUAAAUCACUUCUGUUAUAGUUGGGGC